AGGGAAAAACAUAAAAAAAACCGUCUGUAAUGUUCCGUCCGAGGCCAUUUAGAUUUCAAACGGCGAAAUCUAUCAAAAAAUAUGGUUUAGAAAAAUCUACAUUUUCGACUAUAGCUGGUUGGUGCUGAGCAGCAACCCCAGCCACCACCACCAAACCAAAGAAUAUUUAUCUCGGCCAAAGUAUCUUGAGAAAAACCCUCAUUUCUUCUUCAUCUUUUUGCGUAUGGUGGCCAGAGAAAGAGAGAGAGACGUACAACAUAUAAACCCGUCAGUGAAAAACCAGUCUGACGCGCCGAGAGCUCGGGCCAGCUAGUGGGCGGAGCCAAGUUGUUUGAUGCCAAGUGCAAAGGAGAGCCCGAGAGAAAGUUGCGUUGUACUUUCAGUAGAUGAACUGAGAGCUCAGCUGCUCAUGGUUUGUGUGUGUGUCUGCGUGUGUGUUGUGUGUGUGUAUCGUUAAUAUUGAAGAGAGAACGACGACCAGCUAUAUAUCCAGCCCUCUAUCGAUAUAGUGGUCCACCCCGAUUUUUCAUCCAUUGUUUGGUGUUGACAUGUUGGCUAGUCUGCAUCACCUUGCGUCAAACAGCAGGAACACCGUAGUGACUUGAGAGUGGGCAAAAAAAAGAUUUCUUUUCGAGCAGCCAUACACGCAGUACACACCAAAAUGAUGAACGAUUGCAGCCAUCAGACAGAUCGCGCCUCGGCUUCAAGAGCUUUGUGGUCGAAAGUCUGAAACUCGAGCGCCACUGUGAUUCUUUCUCGAACCCCCAUCUUGGAUACACAUCUAUAUAUUUCUUUUUUUUGUUGAAAUCUGUGAGUUUCCCUCGUUCACACAUAAAAACGGCAGUUUCGUUUACUGAAACCAAAGAUUGGAUAUCAUGGCUGCCCAGGAGGCCCUUCAUGGACUCCACAACACUCCUUACGUGAAGAAUGAACCAAUGGGCAACAAUGGGUACGACUACAACUAUGCCAUCAAUGAUGGCACCUACGCCAAUCAUCACUACAAUCCAUACAUGCACUAUGGAGAGCCUCAACACACUUACGAUCAUCUAGCUUCUCACCACCAUCAUCACUAUGGGCCACCUCAUCAGAAUGGUCCUGGCCCAGAGAACCACCACCAUCCCGUUCACUACCCACAGGCCCAGCCACAGAUCCCGAACCCCCACAUGAAUCAACACCACCAUCCACAUCACUAUGGGCACGGGAUGGAUGGAGGAAUGAGCCUUAACCCUCCAUCCCACUACAGCAUGAUGCCAUCGAACACAGGUGGUCCAGUGUACAAAGAUGAGAACACAGAAGAUCCAUACAGUUUUGUUGAUGAAGAAACAGGGGCAAACAGAAGUGCAGUUGCACCUGCCGCUGUCGAGUCAAUCAAAACUGAGCCCACCACGGGUCCAGCACCUAAAAAGCGUGGACGAAAGAAGAAAAUCCUACCCGAACCAGUCCCAAGUCCUUUCUCUUUUGCGCAUAGGGACGUUGAGCCACUGCCACUGCCGCCAAUGACAAUGGACAGCAUUCUCCCGGUCGGAGCUGACGCCGCCGACGGCCAGCCAGGCAAACGGAAGUACACCAAAUCUGAGCAUUACAAACAGAGGCGAAGACAUGACCGAUUCAACGGCAUGACUGAGGAGGAAGUUCGGUCUAGAACACUCCCAGAUCAUCUGGCCUCAAACUUGGACGUCGUUAUCAUUGGAAUUAAUCCGGGCCUUUUCGCUGCAUACAAAGGACAUCAUUACGCAGGGCCGGGCAACCAUUUCUGGAAGUGCCUGUAUCUAGCCGGCCUUGUUCCGGAACCGAUGACGGCCGAUGAUGACUUUAAACUGAUGCAUUUUGGCAUCGGAUUCACCAAUAUGGUAGCCAGAGCUACAAAGGGUAGCGCCGAUCUGACUCGCAAAGAAAUCCGAGAAGGCGGCCGGAUAUUACUGGAAAAGUUACAGCAGUACCGGCCAAAGAUUGCCGUCUUUAACGGCAAAGGUAUCUACGAAGUCUUUAGCGGCAAGAAGGAGUUCACCUUCGGCAAGCAGCCCGAAUGUAUUGACGGAACGAAUACAUUCAUUUGGGUGAUGCCGUCUUCGAGUGCCCGAUGCGCUCAACUGCCCAGAGCCAUGGACAAGGUGCCGUUUUACUCUGCGCUGAAAAAGUUCCGCGACUACCUCAACGGCCUCAUUCCCGAAAUCGAUGAGAAUGAGGUGAUCUUCAACGAUCCAAAGAUCCGGGCCGCUGACGACGGCACGGAAAUUAGUGAACAUUUAAAAGUUGAUUCCCUAUCGUCUGAUGACUUGCCGGCCCUAGUAGGAGCCAGCGAGUUCUCGGUAGACUCUGAGCAACAACAACAGCCAAUGAAUCUCCCUGCCUUGCUUCCAAUUGAGGACGGAAUGGGUGGCCAGGUCCCGGUGAAAAAGAAACGUGGGCGGCCCAAGAAAAUUCGAGCGGACGGAACAACAGCUCCUACCCCGGUGAAGCAGUCGAGUGUUUCGGCUGCGACGUCCAGCUCGUCUACUGCCAUGAACGGCGCCGACUUUGUCAACGGCCAGCCGCCAAAGAAAAAGCGAGGGCGCCCGAAAAAGAUCCGAACGGACGAGGUCCGCCCAGUCCCGCAGAUGAUGGAUGCCAACGGAGGUUUGAGCAAUUCAUUUGGCGGAGGUGGCGGCAGCAGCAGCUCCAAUCACUCUCACCUGGAGACUAAUCGCGGGCCCCACUCACCUGCCCCGUCCAGCUACUCCAGCAUGGCCGGCCACUCUUUUGUCAAUAAUCAACCCAGUGUAAUCAACCACCCGUCAUCAUCAUCCUCCGCCUCCAGUCAGCAACAACAUUCUCACGCUCUCGACUAUUACGGACGGGCGUCCAGCAAUGUCGGAGGAGGGCCGCUAUCGGGACUUUGUAACGACAUGUCUCCCCAUCAAUCCACAUCAUCAACACCUCAACCGGCCACGUCAUCGCCUCGUCAAUUGGAAUUCGAUCCAGGCGACAGGAUGAGGGAAGGCCAUCCGAAAACGGAACACAGGGCCACACCGGCCGAAUUGAACGGCGAUUCCAGGCAUCACCAAAUGACUUCUCCCGGUGUCAACAGCAGCAGCAGUAGCAAAGCGGCCGAGCAGCAGCACCACCCACCUCCUCCCAGGAGUCAUCCGGGCACUCCGCAGCCCAUGGCUUACAGGCCUACGCCACCGGCAGUCGCUUAUCACGUCCCCAAUCAAGUAAAGGAUGUUGCAAGUAAGAGCUUAUCAGGUCUGGAAUCGUUGGUGGACCAAAUUCCAAACAUGGCCGAUGGAGAGCAGAAUCAACAACAACAGCAUCAACAGCAACAGCAGCAGCAACAACACCCAAACGGCUUACAUGGUCAGCAACCCGUGGCCGUGUCGACGAGUUUCGGUCACUACAGUACAGCCCCUGCCCAGCCUAGUUUCUCUUAUCCUUCAACGUCAUUCGGUCACUACGCGCCUCACUACACUACCCCCAAUGGAGGAUCCUUUCCACCCAACCUCUACAAUCCAGGUGGCCAAGAAUCAGUUUUCAAUAGGACGGGGACAGUGUCGUAUCCGAUGUCGUUCCCAACGUCUCAAAUGAACGGUCGGAGUCCUGCCAUGGCUGCUGGCUUUCCAUACUCUAGUUACGGCCAGGCGUACCCUCAUCCGCCGCAUAGCGGGGCGCCAUCUGGUUUCUCUCCUUACAAUCCGCCAGGAUCCGGAGGAGUCAUCGGCGGUUUCCACCCGAGCACUUCGUACGCCUACGGCACCACGUACGCCCCUUCGUACACGACCACUCAAGCGGCUGCCAGCUACCUCAACGCAGCUGCCGCCAAUCACCAAGCCCUCGAUGGAAGCCGAGGUCCAAGUGGAGGAGCAGGAGGUGGUGCAGGAGGAGGAUCAGCAGGGCCGAAAGAUGAGCGAAAUUCAGAUCCGGCUGCUUUCGGUGGGUACUGAGAAGAAGAAGAAAGAGAUGACACACACUUUGCACUACUACAAGGUACAUUACCCCCGAAAUCAUCUCUAACUAAUUAAAACAAAAAAGAAACUCUCUAAAACUAUAUAUACAUAGCGAGUCCAGCAUCAGGGUGUUACAUUAUUAUCCCCCCCCCCAUCUCUCUCUAAUCUUUGAUCAAGGAACGGCAAUAAUCGAUCGUGUCCCUUUCAUUUCCUUCAUCACUCCCGAUCAUAUAUAAAAAGAAGAAAAAAAAAAAGAAAAAGUUGAAUAUUUUCGAUGCUCAAAUGCUCCCCAGAUGUAAACUUUUUUUUCCAGUUUUUGUGGACAUAUCAGUUGUUUGUUUUUUCUCUCGCCCCCCACUCUAAAUCACUCCCGACAUCAACCGUUUUUUUACUAUUAUAGUAUACUAUUAUUUCAUUUUUUUUUAAAUUACUCAGCUAAUCCUUUUACCAACAAACUCCGGUAAGGAUCGAUCUCAAAAAUUUCUCUCUCUCU